AGCCUUACAGGAACGAUGAACAGACUUUAGACUUUCUUUAUUCCACUGAUGUCCUUCAGUGCUGCCCUCCACACGCCCACAUGAGCGUGAAUGUGUGUUCCAAGUGUUUGUAUAAAGAGCGGGGAGACCUGAUCCUCAUCACUGCAUCACUGAGCUGACACCUGGAAAAACUUCUCCUCACAUCUACCUGACAGAACAACCAGUUGUUCAUCACCAUGAAGACUCUCGUGGUCCUCUCCGUACUCCUCUGUGCUGCAUUUGCAGCUCCAGCUGAAGAGAAGGCUCCAGCACCUGUGUUUGAGGAGGUAGCAGCACCUGAAUCUCGCUUUAACUUCUGUCCUGAUGGCUGGUACAGCCAUAACUCUCGCUGCUUCAUCGUCGCCAAUUCUGCCACCGACUGGUACACUGCUGAGGAGCACUGCACCAGCCUGGGAGCCCACCUUGCCUCUGCCACGAAUGCCAGAGAGUACGCUUUCCUGCAGGAGAUCACAAGGAAAGCCGGUCUGAGCAAUGCAUGGCUGGGAGGCUUCAACCUGCAGAGCCGCUGGAUGUGGAUUGAUAGUCAGGGCUUCUACUACCAAAAGUGGUACUCCCAGUCCACCUCCAGCAGCUACGCCUGCGUCUACUUGAACACCGGCUAUGGUUGGUCUAACUGCCCAUGCACCUCUGCUCGGCGCUUCAUCUGCUCCAAGAAUCCUUUCAGCUGUUAACAUACAGGCUGAACAUCUGGGCUCUAUUCCUCUGUUUAAAGCCAACCCAUGUCUUACUGAAUUAACCAUUGUGUAUAUAUCACUGUUCCUUAAUAAAGACUUACAAUAAUGGGA